AUGACUGAACCACGAAACGGUGCCGGGCUUGGGCGUCUCCCGUUAUUUGGCGCCCAUAAAAUGGAUGAUGGUACAAACGAAAGAACGCGCAUAGGGCCGCGCCUGGGGGCCCGGGAGCUGGCGCUGGACGCGGCAUCAUGUGGGCCGCCAGCCGUGCGCGAGGAGCUGUACGAUCACCCAGCAGCCCUUCGCAUCCAUCAUCCCCACCAGAAGGCUUGGUGUCGGCUGGGUUUUCUCGAACUCAACAAGCGGCACCCGCCGCUGGUGGAGCACGUCGCAUGCGUUGGACAAAAUCUAUAA